CACCCGGCGCUCCCCAGCUAUCGUCUGUCCUUCCCACCGCGCCCCUUCACUGAUAGGCUGAGAAGUAGCGCUUCCCUGGGCAGCCAAUAAGAAAGCGAAUGGAAUUUCGACCAAUAAAAACCGGUUCAAGGGUCUUUAUGAAGCUCAGUCGAGUUCGGACCAAUGGCAGCAGGCAGCCGGGAUACCUCAUUUGCAUACGAGAGCUAUAAAUACGUAGGACGUAGCUUUGCCGUACUACUCCCUCUCCGGAUUGAAAGCUGUGUGUGGCGAGGUCUGUGAGAGAAGCGCUUUUGCCGCUAUGCCCGAGCCGGCCAAGUCCGCCCCCGCGCCCAAGAAGGGCUCCAAGAAAGCCGUCACCAAGACGCAGAAGAAGGGCGACAAGAAACGGCGAAAGAGCCGCAAGGAGAGCUACUCGAUCUACGUGUACAAGGUGCUGAAGCAGGUGCACCCGGACACGGGCAUCUCGUCCAAGGCCAUGGGCAUCAUGAACUCCUUCGUCAAUGACAUCUUCGAGCGCAUCGCCGGCGAGGCCUCUCGCCUGGCGCACUACAACAAGCGCUCCACCAUCACGUCGCGGGAGAUCCAGACGGCCGUGCGGCUGCUGCUGCCCGGCGAGCUGGCCAAGCACGCCGUCUCCGAGGGCACCAAGGCUGUCACCAAGUACACCAGCUCCAAGUAGAGCGUCUCGGAUCGUCUGUUUUUAACCCAAAGGCUCUUUUAAGAGCCACCCACUUUUUCAUUAAAGGAGCUGUACAAUCAAAUAUGGAAAAAAAAAAAAAAAUCUCCUUUUAGUUCCUUAGUGUAAGUUCUCGAUUUUCAGCUACUUAAAAUCAGUUUUGAGAAAGUAUUGCUGUUCCAGUUUUCCGUGUCCGAAAAUAAAUUGCUUUAUGGGAGUAGCAAAUUAGUCGGAGUAACUAAAGUUGUAUUUCUCGAUUACAGUGUUUGCUUUAUUUUUGUUUCUAUUAAAGUGUUGGGGGUUUUUAUCAGUUGGAAAUAAGUAA